AUGGUGUUCCUGUCGACUGGGCCUGCAAGUGAGGGGCGUCCUCAGCGAGCCUCCCUCGCCAGCAGCAAGUUCAGUACCCCUUUUCCGGUCAUUCGGGGUCUGGAGGACAGCGCUUCGAAGUCGGUGUUGGAGCCUAGAGACUAUCCAGCUGACGUUGGUGAUGGCCAAGACUCCAGCAUUACCUUUUUGGGGGAUGUUGUCCGAGGGAUGGUAUGGUGUAACGGAGUGGAUGGAGGGCGACCACAGCUACUUUGCGCUGGGGAUAGAGGCCUCACUUGGUUGGAGGUUGAGGAUGAUGUUUCACAUAAACCGGGUUCAUAUAGUCUCUCGGUCCGGGCGGGGCGUCCUGGUACAGCUUCGGAUCUAGAGUUGACAGAUAAUAACAGACCAGUCCGUGUGAGUGUCACUGCGAGAGGGAUUCUCGUAUUGGGGACUACCAACGGUUCUCUGUACACGGUUGACCCCACGACCAGGGAGGUAACGCCAUUCUACUCGCCUUCUGGAGAGGAAGAGGAGGAAGAGGAUCAGCUGAUCGAUUUCGAUGUCGCCACUGGCGGGCAUUUGAUCGCUAUGAUAUCCGCCCUCGGGGGCCUGAAGGUGUAUCACUGUAAUGCGAUGAGGCGUGGUCCGGUGUAUCGUCGGCCUGUGAGUGGAAGUGGUGCGGACUCUACUGGUGGGGGAGCUGGGGUGGUCCUCAGCGGCAGUUCGUCAUGCCGAUUCAUCGAUUCUGAGAAUAUAGUCGCGGUGACCAGCGGCAGGCACAUACAAAUGUUCGACUUGCGCGUGUCUCCAAGUGCCGCCGCUUGUGCCGUUCUGAGUUUGUCCACUGGAUCAGCUGGCUCCUUAUCGACGUCGCUAACGUGUCUGAGCACGCAGCCGGAGAGUGGCAUCCUGUGUGCUGGCGACUCGGAGGGGCGUAUGCAUGUGUGGGACUGGAGAAAGGGAAAGGCCUCUCCAACUGAACCUAGGGUAUCAAGGCUGGCCCACAGCGUGAACACGAGUUGUUGUUGUGAGACCUCUGCUGGCCCGUCCUCGACCCUCUGCAUGGUUUCGGGUGGCGUGGACGGCCAAGUAUGUCGAUGGUUGUGGAAUCCUGAUAGUCAUGGGGCUGGUUCGUCUACUAUGGCGCCUAGGGAUCAAAACGGACAGCGGCGGAGCAAGGCGGAGAGGCGGUGGUGGCCGGGCUUAUCGCCAACUACGGACUCUCCUCUAGCUCGGAUGUGGAACACUAAGGCAACAGCAGCAACAACAGCACGCGGGUCGAAUACACGAGAAUGCAACAUGAUGACGGGUCCUGGUACGAAGGGCAAAAAUGGUGAAUACUACGAAGGGCAGUGGGAAGGUGGGAGGGCCAAAGGUCGGGGAACAUACAAAGGCAAAAGGAGCAGGUAUCGAGGGAGCUGGGUGAAUGGCCUCAAGCAUGGAGAUGGUGAAGAGAAAUGGGUUGAUGGAUGUCGAUACGCAGGACAAUACGUGGAGGGCAACAAACAUGGGAUCGGUUGCUUCAAAUGGCCCGAUAACUCUUCCUACUGGGGGCAGUUCCAUAUGGAUCACAUAGAGGGACAGGGAGAAUUCCGAUGGCCGGAUGGCAGGAUGUAUCGUGGUGGUUGGAAAGAUGACCGUAUGCACGGUGAUGGGAAGUUUUCCUCGCCAGAUGGUAUAUUCCGGGGAGGAGGCUACGCGGAUAGCUGCUCACUCGGUGGUGCUGGAGCGGUGGUGUCAAGCUCCUUAUCAGGCAUUGAAGGUCUCGAGUGA